GGCGCAUACGUCAGGCAGAUAUGGCGGAGGGUGGCUCUGCUGAGGGGGAGCUGGAGCCGCUGCGGCUGCGGCGGCUCCGGGGCGAGGGGUUCUUCGAAGUGCCGGCGGCUGACCGGCUGGGAAGAUGCAGGAGCGUGAAGGAGUUUGAGAAGCUGAAUCGGAUUGGAGAGGGCACCUACGGCAUAGUGUACCGGGCCCGGGACACAGUGACAGAUGAGACUGUAGCAUUGAAGAAGGUGCGGAUGGACAAUGAGAAAGAUGGAAUGCCCAUCAGCAGCCUGCGGGAGAUCACCCUGCUCCUGGAGCUUCGGCACCCCAAUAUCGUGGAGCUGAAGGAUGUGGUUGUAGGGAACCAUCUGGAGAGUAUUUUCCUGGUGAUGGGCUACUGCGAGCAGGACCUAGCUAGCCUUCUCGAGAACAUGCAGACACCUUUUUCAGAGGCUCAGGUGAAGUGUAUCAUCUUGCAAGUCCUCAAAGGCCUGCAGUACCUUCAUGAGAAGUACAUCAUCCACAGGGACCUGAAGGUGUCCAACCUGCUCAUGACUGACAAAGGCUGCGUGAAGAUAGCUGAUUUUGGACUGGCACGCUCUUACGGGAUGCCACCGAAGCCAAUGACCCCCAAAGUCGUCACGCUGUGGUACCGAGCGCCCGAGCUGCUGCUGGGGAUGACAACCCAGACCACCAGCAUCGACAUGUGGGCCAUGGGCUGCAUCCUCGCCGAGCUGCUGGCCCACAAGCCACUGCUGCCUGGCACCUCUGAGAUCCACCAGAUAGACCUUAUUGUGCAGCUCCUGGGGACACCCAACGAAAACAUCUGGCCGGGUUUCUCCAAGCUGCCCCUGGUGAGUCAGUACACCCUGCGGAAGCAGCCCUACAACAACCUCAAGCACAAGUUCCCCUGGCUGUCAGAGGCUGGUCUGCGGCUGCUCAACUUCCUCUUCAUGUACGAUCCCAAGAAGCGGGCGACGGCAAAAGACUGCCUGGAAAGCUCCUACUUCAAGGAGAAGCCCCUGCCCUGCGAGCCGGAGCUCAUGCCCACCUUCCCCCACCACCGCAACAAGCGGGCGGCCACCAGCAGCGCAGGGACGGAGAGCCAGGCGAAGCGCAGCAAGCCCUGAGCCCCGGCCCAGGGGAGGAGGCACGACGCAGCCAGCUAGGCUGGCUCUUACAGAACAGUACCAGCGCCCCGGGCUCCAUCCCCUCCUGCCAUGGCUCCCAAAUUUACUUCCCCUCCCCAUACCGGUGUGGGGAUGUCCCGGCUGUAGCAGGGGAGCGCUACAACUGCCCCCCCGUACACAUCUUCUGCCCCAGAGCUGGGCAGGCUCCAGUGUGGGGCUGGGUGGGGGCAGCACCAGGGGCAGGAGAGAGGAGAGAUGGGAUCCCCCAGGAGAAGCUGGGGUGCUGGCACAACCAGCCGUGUCUUAGGGGGGACAACUCUUGGAGGGUGCUGGCUGUGUGGGGUAACCCCGACUUUGUUGUCAAUAAAAUCAUCUGCCAGCAGCAGCA